AUUUCCUGAUCAAUAACAAUUUCUUCACAUUGGUACAAAACAAACUAAUUAAACUACAGUCCAUGUAUAAAAUAUUAGCUAUGAAAAUAAAUAUAUUGAAUCUCAUUGUCUGUGAUUUGCUGGUGGCUUUCAAAGUGAUAUUCUCGUCUUAUUAUGUGAUUAGGUGUCUUUUCAGAAGAUGAGAAUGAGGCAGUUGAGGUGGCUGCAGCAGCACCUAAAGAUAAAGCGGCACGCAGGUUCUGCCCUGACGGAUGGUUCAGCUACCAGUCCAAGUGUUACAUGUUUGUGAACACUCCUCGGUCCUGGUUCGGAGCCGAGGAACAUUGCAAUGAACUGGGCGCCAGCCUGGCCUCUGCCAGCUCCUCCCCCGAGUAUCGUUACCUGCAACAGAUAACCAGAACAGCCAACAGAGCCACCGCCUGGAUAGGUGGAUUCUACCUCCAGGGAUAUUGGAUGUGGAUCGACCGCUCAGGAAUGUAUUACACCAACUGGUACAGCCAGAGCACCGCAACCAGCAACUCCUGCAUGUACCUGCAAUCUGCUGUGGGCCAGGGGUGGAGGAACUGCGGAUGUGGCGGACAAUUACCAUUCAUCUGCGUGCACAACUAUCGCUGUUAGUCAACAUUGCGAAGAUACUGUUAAUUGCUUGACACCUUUUCUAACCGCUUUCAACAUGGACUGUUUACUGACUGUAAAUGACUAAGUGUUCGCCAAAGGGCUAAAUGUGAUGCGAUUUCAAAUGUCAUUUCCCAUUUAUGUACCUCAACCGUUAUUGUUUUCCAGUAAUAAACAUUUUUUAAGUACUA